AGUCCGACUUCUCUGGGGGCAACCCGCAUUUGUGUGCUGCGACUACCUCCAAUCGACAGCCGCCCUGCUCCGCUUUCCUCCGUUGUUUCGCUUCAUUCCCCCUCCCUCGCCGAUCUCCUCGCCGAUCGCCCCCCUCCCCCCCUUCCCAAUCGUCCACACACACACGCCGCACCCUCGCGCGUCUUCAUCGCGAUGGCGGCAGGGGGACGCAAGAAGGACAAGGUGCCGUUUCCAGGCUCGAAGGGCGAGACGACGACCAACUUCUACUCGCGAAAGAAAUGGAGGGCGCUCAUGCAGGAGACGCGGCUCGAUGUCGCCGGCCGUGCCCUCGGCCCACGCGGCGGCCUCGUCGUGACCUCCGCCAUCUUCAAAAACACCUACGUUGUUUCUCUAGAUUUGAGCCACAACGAGCUGGGCGAUGCAGGGGCGAUGUCCGUCGCAAACCUGCUGCGCGUCAACACGCACCUGCAGCACCUAAACCUCUCGCACAACAAAAUGACUGACGUCGGCGGCAUUGCGAUCGCCAGCGCCUUCAUCCCCAAUGUGAGCCCGACGGGGCAGCCGGGUCAGUGGAACCGCACCUUGUUUACGCUCAUCUUGAUGGGCAACGAGUUCUCUGAUGACACGCUGCUGGCGCUGAGCAACGCCGCCGCGUGCCACCGCGACCUGACCCGCGUGGACCUCUCGUGGAACAAGAUCGGCCCGAACGGCACGAAGUGUCUCGCGCGCGCGUACCAGCGCAACCCCCUCUGCGUCUAUCAGCUCUCCGCAAACGCCCUCGGCGACGAGGGCACGGCGCACCUCUGCGAUGCUCUGCUGCGCUACGGGGGGCGCAGCCAGCUCACGUUAAAUCUGUACGCGAAUGAGAUCAGCUACAGCGGCGCCAACGCCGUCGGUAAGCUCCUCGCGCACACAUCCGUGGUGCAGGACGUGAGUCUCGCCGGCAACACGAUUGGCUUUAAAGGAGUGCAGGCGCUGCAGCAGCACCUCACCGACUUCGCGGUUCUCGCCGCGUGCCCGCUGCGGGCGCUGAAUCUGAGCGACAACUGGCUCGGCGAUGAAGGGGCGGCGAGCGUGGCCGCCAUCAUCGCGGCUGACCUCCCGGCGUUGGAGCGGCUGGAUGUGUCGGACAACCAAAUUAGCGAUGUCGGCUGCACAGCCAUCGUGACGGCGGUGCUGCGCAACACGCAUCUGAGCAUCCUCAACUGCGAGAACAAUCGGCUGGGGGUGAAGGCGGUGGAGGCGGUGGUGCGGCUCGUGCACGAGUCCGCCACCCUCAAGUCCCUCAACCUGUCGGGCUGCAUCGAGUCCGCCGAGCAUCGCCGCACGCUGACCAUCGCCGUGGGGGAGACGGACGGCCUUCACGUGGAGCUGGGUCCGAACCCGCUAGCCGCGACGGGCGCAGCGACGGGCGAUGAGUCGUCUGACCUGGUCGUCAGGAUGAACGAGCAUCUGCAGAUGCUGGCGGACCAGGCGGCCCAGCGGGAGAAGGACAACCCGCAGCCAAAGAAGAAGGCGAAGAAAGCGAAGAAAGGAAAGAAGACCACGGGCGAGUAG